GUAUGGGAUUCUAUAAUAAUAAUAAUAAUAAUCAUAUUAACUAUUAUUCUUUAUUGUGUACUGUAUUAUUUAAUUUCAUCAAAAGAGGAAAGAAAAGUUUCUAUAAUUGAUAGUCAAUUCAUUCUUAAAUGAAGCAUUGCAAAAUUAUGCAGUCUGCAUGAUCAACCACUCAUAUUAGAAAUCAUUUUUAAUGAAUUAGUAAUAAAUUACUUUCUCUGAUCUCAUUUACAAAUGAUUAAAGAUACAUCAUUAUAAAUAUCCAUUAAAAAAAUUGAAUAUUCACAAAUGUAUACUACUAUCAAUUCAAUGAUUGAUUGAUUGUUAUAUAUGUAUGGUGACAAAUGAAGUUAUAUUUCUGGAAUUUUACCCAUUUAUUAUAUUUAAUUAAUUAUUUAUUAAAUAUAAUAAUUAUUAUGAUUAAUAUUAUUAUUAUUACAUCAAAUAAUUAUACACAUUCACUUAUCCAUAAUAAUAAUCAUAAUAAUAGAAAUACUCAAACUAUGUUUCUAAGUGAAUUAAAAAAAUUAAAUGUUCAUUUAUUUGAAGAAGAAUCUAUUGGUAGAGAAGUAGCUAAUUUACAAUUUUUAAUGAAUCAUACUAAUUAUUCUAAUGAAAAUUAUUUCAUUAAUACAUAUACUACUCAUACUACUAUUACUACUACUACUCAUAAUAACAAUAAUAAUAAUAAUGAAGAAGAAGAAGAAGAAGAAGAACACGAAGGAAAAAUAAUAAAAUCCAAUUAUUAUCAAAUAUUUAAUAGUGAACCACAAUCAAAAUAUUUUCAUUUAGAUGCUAAAACUGGGAUCAUACGUGUUGCUAGGCGUAUUGAUCGGGAUCAAUUAUGUCCAUUAUUUAAAUCAUGUUGUACAUAUUUCAAUAAUAUAAAUUAUUUUAAUAAAAAUAUUAAUUUAUUAAAUAAUUUUAAUAAUAAUAAUAAUGAACAAUUAGUUAAUUGUCAAUUAGAUUUAAAUAUAAGAUCAGAUGAUCAAUAUACUAAUAUUAUUACUGUUAGUGUACAUAUUAUUGAUAUAAAUGAUAAUUCACCAAUAUGGUUAUUAAAUAGUAAAACAGGAUUUUUAAAUUUUCCUGAUGAUAAUCAAAAACAGGAUGUGAUGCAUGUUUACGUAUCAGAAAGUAGUCUUGUCGGAGAUUCCAUACAACUAACACCUGCUGUAGAUCAAGAUGCUGGGUCAAAUAACAUUAUGAAAUAUAUGAUUGAACCUCAAUUUCCUGAAUUUCAGCUAGAAUGGACAUCACUUGACAGAGAUGCUACAAUGACAAACAUUCAAGUGUCUGGUGAUAUACAUUCAAGUGAUAUUCAAUCAUAUUCUAAUCAUUUCAUCAGAUCACCACCUGGUCCAAGACAUGAACUUCGUUUAAUUGUUCGAAGUCCAUUAGACAGAGAAACAAAAUCGUUGUAUGAAUUUAAUCUAACUGCUAUAGACGGUGGAUCACCAAGUAGAAAUUCAACAAUCAAAUUGCAAGUUCAUGUCACAGACUUUAAUGAUAAUUCCCCGAUUUUUGAAAAAGAUACAUAUAUUGUGGAUUUACACGAAAAUGCUCGACCGCAUACACCAGUUAUACAAGUUAAAGCUACUGACAUCGAUGAAGGAAGUAAUGCACAAAUCAAAUAUCGAAUAAGUUCAUUAACUAAACCGGAAUUUAUACGAUUAUUUACAUUGGAUCCAAUUACUGGUUGGAUACAUGUACAAUGGGAAGUGGACUAUGAAAUACACAAAAAAAUAAUAUUAACUGUUGAAGCUAAUGAUGGAGGUAGCCUACCAAGAAGUACAACUUGUAUUGUAGAAAUAACAGUAUUAGAUGAAAAUGAUCAUUCACCUGAAAUACAUUUUGAACCAGCUCAUUUAACAAAUUAUGCAUUAGUACCAGAAAAUGAAAAACCUGGUCGAUUAGUUGCUGUAUUUACUGCACAAGAUAAGGAUAGUGGAGAUAAUGGUCGUGUAAGUUGUCGUUUAACAGAAACAAGAAAAUGGACUUUUGAUACACAAAAUAAAGAAAAAUUAGAAAAUCUAUUAUUGAAUCCAACUGAAAUUUUAUUCAGUUUACAACAAAUGCAUAUGCCUUUUUCAAUUAUAUAUAAACUAACAACUGCUUCAAGUUUUGAUCGUGAAUUCAUUUCAAAAAUUACAGUAUGGAUAACAUGUUCAGAUUAUGGUAUACCACCAAGAAAUAGUACAGGAUCAGUAGUUGUUAGAAUAUCUGAUGUAAAUGAUGAAUUACCAAUAUUUAGUCAAUUACAUUAUUAUUUUAAUAUUAAUGAAAAUACUGAAAUAGGAACAAUAAUUAACAAAAUCAAUGCAACAGAUCCUGAUGAAGGUGAAAAUGCUAAAUUAACAUUUUGGUUAAGUGGACAAAAUGCAAAUUAUUUCGAUAUCAAUAAAGUUACUGGUUAUAUAACAGUACAAAAAUUAUUAGAUAGAGAAAUGAUCAAUGAAUUACGCUUUCGAAUUCAUGUUGCAGAUAAUGGAAUACCAAGUUUAAAUUCUAGUGCUGAUGUAACAAUCACUAUACAAGAUGUUAAUGAUAAUCCACCAAGUAUAUUGAAUAAAAUAGAGUUUUAUGUAUUAGAAAAUCAUACAGCUUCAUUGGCUAUUGGUAAAAUUACUGCACAUGAUGCAGAUAUUGGUCGAAAUGCUGAAAUCACUUUUACACUCAUUCAAUGUAUUGCAUAUGGAUUAAAAAGCUUCAAUAAUUCAGAUAGUAUAGUUCAUGAAUCUUAUGAAAAUUAUUUGAGUAGUAAAAAAAAUUUCUCACAAUCCCUUGAAAUUAUGUAUACAUUUUUUAUUGCCAAAGAUGGACAAAUCUAUUUAGGUAGAUCAAAAUUAGAUCGUGAAUUAUAUCCAUUAUAUGAAUUGACAGUUCGUGUUGAAGAUCAAGGUACACCGAAAUUGUCAUCUACAACAGUUGUUUUAAUACAUAUAUUAGAUGUAAAUGAUAAUACACCACAAUUUAUCUUUCCAUCAAUUGGGAAUAAUACUGUUUACGUGCCAAAAGAAACAAAGCCUGGAACUUAUAUAGCACGAUUGCAUGCUAUUGAUGUAGAUUCAGAAGAAAAUAGUCGUUUAACAUAUGGGAUUAAACCAAAUGAGCAUACAGAUAUACAAUCAUUAUUUGAAUUAGAUCCGAUAACAGGUGAUGUAAUAUUAAAACGUUCAUUAGAUGACAAUAUGGAUUCAAUAAAGAUAAAAGAAAGUGGUAACGUUAAAGAUCAUAACUUAGUGAAUAUUCAUAGUAGAUCUAUUCAAGAAAUGGAAAUUAAUCGUCGAAAUCAAUCGACUAAUACAAUAAACAAAACGAAUUUUAAACAAAAUGAAUUAAUGAAUAAAUUAUAUGAAAGUCAAAUGGCAUAUAGUUUAGUUGUUACAGUAACAGAUAAUGGCGAACCACCGUUGAAAUCUUCCACCAUUUUAAGAAUUCUAUUUACACCACCAUUUUAUCCACCGAGUGAUUCAAAAGAGUCACCAAAUCCUAUGAUAAUAAAACAUUCAGUUCGACACAAAUCAUUGAACAAUCAUCCUGACUUUACUAAAGGUCAAUCUAUAUCAAAUGAAUUCGAUCUAGAUACACCAGUAGAAAAUGAAUUAACUGGAAUCGGUGUACUACUUGGAUUAGUAACAGCUAUUGGUUUAUUUGUAUGUUUUUUAAUUCUUGUCAUAAUGAUCACUUUUUAUCAAAGUCGAAGAUUAAGCGAACAUAGAAAACAAUUAAUUGAGAGAAGAAAUCAAGCAUAUAAUCAACAUCAUGUAGAACAAACACAUCAGUCACAGUUACAACAACAACAGAAUCAACAAAGUUCAGAGUUGGUUCAACUUUCAACUGUAUCACCGUCAAUCAAUACACAAUCACCUCGUUAUAUGCCACAUUCAAUUCUUCGUCAUAUUCCUGUAGAACAAUUAAAUAAAUCUGAUAGAAACUUAAUGGAUUCAUCUCGACAAUAUUAUUUACAAGCAUUAAAUGAAGUAAUGCCUAAUUCACAAAAUGAAUUAAUGACUAGUUUUACAACACUUUGAAGAUGUACGUUUUUUCUUUUCCUUUCUUUUUUCUUUGGGGGGGGGGUGGGUGUAUGUAUUUGCGUACGGUUCGCUUUCUUCGACUUCUUUUAGCUUCAUUUUAUCUUGUCAAUGUUAAUUUCUUUGUUUACUGAUUUGUACAUUGAGAAAUUUAAUAACGAUUAUCAGUUUGAUAAAUUAGGUUAUACAUUUGUUGUGAAUUAUAAUUUAUCCUAAAAAAAAUUUAUAAAUAGACUAUUUUGAAGUGAUUUA